UUUUAUUGGGAGUUACUUCCUUUAUCCGAUAUAUCACUAACUUGAACUUAACAAGCUGUAUAUAUAAAAAGUAAACAUCUUCUCGACGAGAAUAAACAUAUGUAAAGAUGAUAGCAAUAAACCUAAAAAUAUACAUAUAUAAUUCUAAACUGUAAAGUAAUUUUUUUUUAUAUUAUGAUUUCGAUUCAAGCUGAACAAAACGAAGCCAUAAAAAUACACGCAGAAGAUAACUGUUGCUUAAGAUAAAUAUGUUUGCUAGGGCAAAUACGUCUAAGUGCCGUAUACACAGAGACCGCGGAGAGAAACAGAGUUUAACGUUACAGACUCAAUUAGCAACGAGUCCCCCUGCGGUUUAUUUGACAGCUUCUCGUCCCUAAUCUCCCUCACGAUUUUAAGCCACAAUACUAAACGUAGAGCAGGGGCCGCGGCAGAUAAAGCCUGCGCGCGGUACCAUUUGUAAUACCUUUUCCUAACGUAUAAAAAGGUACCACGGAUGGUACCGCGCGGUCUUGCCGGGGAUGAUGCGGCCGAUAAGCGUUCGCCGCGUUCGUGAUAUAAAUCGACGCGAUAUAUAAAACGCACAUUGGUAUAUAAACCGGCGGGCCAAGGAACGCUGCGACGCGGCGCGGCGCGGCGCGGUACGGAGCGGAGCGCGAACUUUUUGCCGUCACACAGUUUACCUCGCGACAGUUUACCAGUGAAUCCGCGAUAAACACGAGCCAGUGAUUUCCUCGCGAAGGGGGAUAUCCUCUCCUUUCUCUUUGCCUCUUCCGAGAGGUCGAUUCCGUUCUACCCGAUGACGAUGGGCACCACCGCGACGGCGCGUGUCAACGACGCGGCGUCAAAGCCCUUUCUGGUUAUCCUGCCGGAUAAGGAAAAGCAACAUCACGUGCUGCAAGUGCCGAAUAGCCCCGGCUCCUUCGGCAAGGGGAGGAAGCGCUUUCAGUUUCUAGUCAUUUUGUGCGCUGCGCUGGGCGGCAUGCAGGCCGGUAUAACGCUCGGUUGGACGUCGCCGAUCCUGCCGUACCUUACAUCAGCAGAAUCCUUUCUCACGGAGGAUCUAUCCGAGAGUCAGAUCUCUUGGGUAACAUCUCUGUUGGCGUUGGGCGCCAUUGUGGGUGCCGUGCCGGCCGGUAAGAUUGCCGAUCGAAUCGGUCGGAAAUGGGCCAUUUUCCUAAUAGCUAUCCCGUUCGCUACGUGCUGGCUCACCCUGCUCACGACCGGGAACGUUGUCAGCAUAUACGUCGCCCGGUUCAUCGGCGGCAUUGGUGCCGGGGCGGCUUGCGUCCUCGUACCGGUCUACGCUGGCGAGAUCGCCCAGGUGUCGAUCCGCGGCGCUUUGGGUGCCUUUUUUCCCCUGCUCUUCUCCUCGGGAAUCAUGUUCUCGUACGUGGCGGGCGCAUACUGCUCCUAUGUGGUCUUCAACAUCGCUUGCUGUGCUAUUUUAGUGCCCUUUGUCCUGGGCGUAAUCUUUAUGCCGGAGUCGCCGAUGUGGCUGAUUCAGAAAGAACGUAAGGCCCAAGCCGCCGAGGUGCUGACGGUCUUAAGGGGAUCGCAUUACGACAUUGCGGGGGAGAUAACUGUUCUCCAGGAUGACGUUGACAGGAUGACGAACGCGUCAGGUGGGAUAAGGGAUCUCAUUGGGACCAAGGCCGGGCGCAAGGCCGCCAUUACCUGCGUGGGACUCAUGUUCUUCCAGCAACUGUGCGGCGUAGAUGCGGUUUUAUUCUACACCGUCAACAUCUUUCAAGCGGCGAACAGCACGAUUGAUCCCUUCUUGGCGACCAUUGUUAUCGGACUCACAGAAGUAGUAAUGACGAUAUUUGUAGCUACCGUAAUUGACAGGUUCGGCCGAAAGCCUCUCUUGGUAAUAUCCGGCGCGAUGAUGACCAUUUGUCUGAGCGUCCUGGGUUACUAUUUCAAGCUCAAGGAUGAAGGAAGUGACGUGAGCACCUUCGGCUGGCUACCACUGACCAGCCUCGCGCUCUUCAACAUUGUCUUCUCGAUUGGUUACGGGUCCGUGCCGUUCACUGUAAUAAGCGAGAUAUUUCCGCCGGAAACCAAGGGUGUUGCCAGCAGCAUGUCCAUCGUGGUGCACUGGAGCCUGGUAUUCGCCGUAACCAAACUAUUCCCGACCAUGGAGGAUAAGAUGGGUCAGGCCGCGACCUUCUGGACGUUCUCGUGCUUUACCGCCGCGUCCGCGGUCUUCGCGUACUUCAUAGUACCGGAAACGAAGGGCAAGACAUUGCAAGAGAUACAGAACAAGCUCAAACGAAGGCAAAAAUCGAAAACGGAAUAUCAGGUCGAACCGAUUUGAAAACGGUGCAUCCUGCGUUCACCUUAUCGCAUUUUUGCAGCGCCGAGAUCAAGGAAUGGUCGAUGGAGGUCGAAACGCUAAAGUCUUGAUGAGGCAGAUGAGGGAGAGAAAGAGAGAGAGAAAAGAUAGAUACGUGUCUUAAAUUUUAUUUUUUUUACAAGAACGUUGACUCAGAAUUUAUCAAACGUUGACCCAGUUUACAUAGUUUCUUAUCUUUUCUACACGUGAUCACAGGACAAUUGUAUUGAACGCGAUUUUUAAACGUGUAAAUACUAUUAUUGAUGUGUGUAAUAUCUGCGCAAUAAUUUCACAUGCGCUAUAUUUCAAAUGUUUUAACAUACUUUAUGUUUUUAUUAAUAUCUCAUUUUUUAUAUACAAAAAUAUGUG